UCACCUACACAAUCCUCAGAAACUAAGACGUGGCCGGGCAGCGGGUUGCAGAAAUAACUAUGGCAGAUGAAAACCAUGUCCUGAAAUCACCAAUAACUGUAACAGACGCAAAGACUUUCUCUAGUUCUGAAGGGAAAAGCAUUCCUUUUAGCAAAUCUGUUGAUUCUGUGAUACUAACAGAUGAAAGUUAUAGAAUGGAUUAUCCAGAAAUGGGUAUAUGUAUUCUGGUCAACAAUAAACAUUUCCAUCCAGCUACUGGAAUGACACUUCGAUCUGGUACAGAUGCAGACGCAGCACUCGUUUUGGACACUUUCAGAACAUUGGGAUAUAAUGUGAAACCUUAUAAUGAUCUUUCAUGUAAACAAAUUAUUGAUGUAUUGCAAAACAUUGCCAAGGAUGAUCAUAAAAAGAGAAAUAGUUUUGCUUGUGUUUUGCUAAGCCAUGGGGAGGAUGGACUGAUUUAUGGCACAGAUGGCCCUCUAGAGCUGAAAAUGUUAACCAGCCUCUUCAGAGGAGACAGGUGUAAGACCUUGCGAGGGAAGCCAAAGCUCUUUUUUAUUCAGGCUUGUAGAGGAACAGACUUUGAUUCUGGAAUUGAAACAGACAGCAGCUCAGAGGAAAGAGUGUGUCAGAAAAUACCAGUAGAGGCAGACUUCCUAUAUGCUUAUUCUACUGCUCCUGGCUACUACUCAUGGAGGAAUUCCUCAGAGGGUUCCUGGUUUAUACAGUCAUUGUGUGUGAUGUUGAAACAAUAUGCUAAGAAACUUGAACUUAUGCAGAUCCUAACACGCGUAAAUCGCAAAGUUGCAGAAUUCAGUUCUUACUCAAACAGAGCUGACUUCCAUGGAAAGAAGCAGAUCCCGUGUAUUGUGUCUAUGCUAACAAAAGAUUUGUAUUUUCCACUCUAAAGAGUUCUUUGUCUUCUGAUACAGAAGCUAAAAGAAGGGAGGUGGCACUGAUGCUUUGUUUGAUUCUGAACUAAUGUUGUCCUGAUUGCAUUAAAAUUUAUAAAGGUAAGUAUUUCAGUUGAUAGAACAAUAGUACAGAACUGUAUAGAGUUACUAAUACAGAAAUUCUGAUUUAAAAAAUGGAAAAAUGUAUAGAUGUGGAAUAAUUUUGAAUAAGAAAUAUGAAAGAUUCAGUAACUUACGACUGCCAAAAUAAUUUGCAGGUAACAAGUAAUAAAAUGUACCAUUUUCAAAACAAAUAGUUAAUUUCGGUAACAAUGUUAUAGCCUAUUUGUAAAUAAACAUACAUAACUAAUAAUUUCCUGUAUAUCAGUAUCAGUUGGAACUUCUUCCAAAUCAGUGUAUUUAAGACUGGAUUGUAAUAUCAUUACACAAGAGUAGCUUUUCAAAAUGGUGUGAAAACUAAACUAUCAGUAGGACUAAUCUAGUGAUAUUAGAAUCAAUUUCCUGGUGGUUAUCACUCUGCCUGUUUGCUACUGAAUACAAAAUGCUCAUUUUUGAUAAGACUUCCAACCUUUACUCAGAGCAUUUUGGCUCCUUUAGAAUACCAGCAAUACCCUGAAUGGGCUUAAAUUUAAAGGAUGACUAAUGGUGCUUAGAACUUGAUUCAGAAUUGGAUCCUGGAUCUCAGUUUGUAGUAGUGUGUGGUUUUUAACUUGUAGCAUAUAGUACAUUUCUUUGUAUAUUCUAAAACGCAUGCAGAAGUGUAAGUCCUAAUUUCUAGUGUUGAAUGUGUAGCUUUUAGAAAUAUGAAUCAUGUUUAAAAAUAGAAUAAAAGAAGCCAUGUAAAAUUAGUUUACCUACAACUUGGAUUAAGAGUUUUAAACUUCGUAUAUUGGGGGG